AUGACGGAGUCAGAACUUCGAUGCAUAAAGUGCGACGAUGCGGUGACACUUGAGACUAGUCACGCCAGUGGACGGAACGUCCUAAGGCGUGUCUGCGGGGGUUGUUCCUCCACUGACAGGUGGCUCCAAAGGUCCCGCAAAACUAAGGACAAGAAGGGGGGGGAAACGGAAAAGGAACGAGAAGCAAGAGUGAACCCCGAAAAAGUGGCCGUGUCGCUCAGCAAAAUGAGCACUGAGGAGAAGUUUGCCUGGUACAGAAAACAGAAAGCGCAAAGGGCCGAAAGCGGCACAAGCCGCAAGCGUACCUUCGAAAAGGCGGUAGGAGCUUUGACGGAAGAGAGGAAGAGGCUGGAAAGCCAACAGGACGUGGACCGGUGGUUCCGGUUCAAGGACUGGGCGGCGAGGGAGGCGUUGCUGACAGGAGCAAAGCCCGAAGAGCUGCCCAGGUUGUGGAAGGCAGAGACCUCGAAGCCCGGCGCAAUCACGAAGGUUGUGCGAGGCGAGCUCUUGUUGAAGGAGUGGUCAGGCUGCGAAGACCGCUUGGGGUCGCAGCACGAGCUGUCCACCUCCGUGAAGCAGAGGAUGGAUCUCUUGUCAAAGGAAGACCUGGAGAGAUUCCAGGAGAUCUCUGCUGGCAGGCUCGAGCGAGGACAGAACCUCCUUUCGGCCGACCGUCUUGUGAACAGUGCCAACAACACAAGGCAGGAAAGCCAACUCCUCAAUGUCGUGGCUGACAUGGAGGAGGCGGCACAAAUCCGCAGGGAGCUGGAGGCCCGUCUCUUCGAAGAAGCCGAGAUCGCCGAGGCGAGGCGAAAAGCGGCGCAGGAAGAGAAACCGAAGGUUUCCAGUGCAGCACUGGAGAAGCUGCAGUACGGGCAGUCGAUGGUUCAAGCGGACACCACGAUCGAGUCGUGGUUGCGGAAGCAUCGGAAUGCCUACACCGGCAUGGUUGCGGACAUCAAAGAAUGCGGCAUCGAAUCCGAUGCUGGCGGCAAAUCCGAGCUGCAGAUCAAGACCCAAGACUUCGAGAGGCUGGUCUCCGAGCUGAAGCGGGAGGUGAUGGAGAAGCUUCAGACACUUGGCUCAUUACAGAUCUUUUUGUGUUGCAAUCGUGAGCCGAGGGAGUUGACUAGUCAGGGUUGUCCCGGCUUCAAUCCUAAAGCAAUCCUCGACGGAUCCCAUCGGAAAACCCAGUAA